UGGUCAUUCCCUGCACUGUCUGCAGUCUCUGGUCAUUCCCUGCACUGUCUGCAGUCUCUGGUCAUUCCCUGCACUGUCUGCAGUCUCUGGUCAUUCCCUGCACUGUCUGCAGUCUCUGGUCAUUCCCUGCACUGUCUGCAGUCUCUGGUCAUUCCCUGCACUGUCUGCAGUCUCUGGUCAUUCCCUGCACUGUCUGCAGUCUCUGGUCAUUCCCUGCACUGUCUGCAGUCUCUGGUCAUUCCCUGCACUGUCUGCAGUCUCUGGUCAUUCCCUGCACUGUCUGCAGUCUCUGGUCAUUCCCUGCACUGUGUCUCUGUCCUGGUCAUUCCCUGCACUGUGUCCGCAGUCUCUGGUCAUCUCCUGUACUGUGUCCGCAGUCUCUGGUCAUCCCCUGUACUAUGUCCGCAGUCUCUGGUCAUCUCCUGUACUGUGUCCGCAGUCUCUCUGGUCAUCCCCUGCACUACGUCCGCAGUCUCUGGUCAUCUCCUGCACUGUGUCCGCAGCAGUCUCUGGUCAUCCCCUUUACUGUGUCCGCAGUCUCUGGUCAUCCCCCUUUACUGUGUCCGCAGU